AGGCGCCGCCGCCUUUGCUGUUAGCAGGAGCUUUUCUCCAGCCGAAAUAUCCGACUCAGAUAAAUAUUAAACAGCAACACAACUUUAUAAAAUAUUGUUUUUUUCUAGGCCAAAAUGCCGCCAAAGAAACCCGCACCUGCUACGGGCAAUAAAAAGACUCAAGAGAAGAAAAAGGAAAAGAUAAUUGAGGACAAAACUUUUGGCUUGAAGAACAAAAAAGGCGCCAAACAGCAGAAGUUCAUUAAGAACGUGACGCAGCAGGUCAAAUAUGGACAACAAAGUGCCCGACAGAUGGCAGAGGCAGAGAAGACCGGCAAGAAGUCUGACAAGAAGAAAGAGCUGGAUGAACUCAAUGAGCUGUUUAAGCCCGUAGUCGCUGCUCAGAAAGUCAGUAAAGGUGUUGAUCCAAAGUCGGUGCUGUGCGCCUUCUUUAAGCAGGGCCAGUGUACGAAAGGCGACAAGUGCAAGUUCAGCCAUGACUUGUCCAUGGAGAGGAAAUGUGAGAAGAGAAGCGUCUACGUGGACGAAAGGGAUGAAGAGCUGGAGAAAGACACUAUGGAGAAUUGGGACGAGAAGAAGCUGGAGGAGGUGGUCAACAAAAAACACGGAGAGGCAGAGAAGAAGAAAGCCAAAACACAAAUCGUGUGUAAGUACUUCCUGGACGCCAUAGAGAAUAAUAAAUACGGCUGGUUCUGGGUGUGUCCAGGAGGGGGCGACAACUGCAUGUACAGGCAUGCCCUCCCACCUGGUUUUGUACUAAAGAAAGACAAGAAGAAGGAAGAGAAAGAGGAGGAGAUCUCAUUGGAGGAGCUGAUAGAGAGCGAGCGAGCAGCUCUGGGUCCAAACGUAACUCGGAUCACCCUGGAGACCUUCCUGGCUUGGAAGAAGAGGAAAAGGCAGGAGAAGGUGGAUAAAGCCAGAGAGGAGAUGGAGAAAAAGAAGGCAGACUUCAAGGCUGGAAAGUCUCUGAUUGUGAGCGGCCGCGAGGUGUUUGAGUUCAGGCCGGAGCUGGUGGACGACGACGACGAUGAGGCCGAUGAUACUAAAUACGCCGAAGAGACCAAGGACGAGUAUGAGGGAGAGACCGACGUCACAGAUGUCCAGGACAUAGACUUAUCCCGUUUUGUUCCACAAGAGGUGGAUCAUUCAGGUAUUACAGUAGCAUCUACGGACCGAUUCACCUCCAGAACCGAGACGGAAAAGUUGGACAACGAGGAGCACCUGAACGGCGCGUGCGGCGGCACUGAGGCGAACGGCCUUUCGGGAGCAGAAGACGGUGGAGGGGAGGAAGAAGACGUGCCAGUUGAUGAAAAUCUAUUUACAGGAGAAGAUCUGGAGGAGCUGGAUGAAGAACUGAACACGUUGGGGCUGGAAGACUGAGAUUGAGGCGGCGACUAAAGGGAACGCCUGAUGGAUGCAUGGAGCUAAACAUCAAAGACCAGACAUUUGGAUGAUUUUAACCUUCAGAGACUCCAGUAAUAAAGCCUGAUUAUCUCAUGACAUCACUUCCUGCCUCUGCGCCCCGUGUUCUCAGCGGAUUUCCUGCCGGUGAUGAUUUGGGCCAGCUCCAUGAUUGCUGUCAUUCAGAGUUCUUGGUGCACUUUGGAUCACCUGAUAAACCUUGUUGGCUAACAUUUAACAGUUUAUUCAGCCUCCAUCUUUCUCUGUGGGAUCAGUUCAAUAAGAUAUUUAGUGAAGAGCAGAUGGAGCUCUGGGAUUGUCACUGUUAAGCAGGAUUUAGUGUAAAGAUGCACUUUUUCUCAACAAAUCCAUCAUUUCUUUUUAAUGAUUUGAAACUUCUUCCAAAAUCCAGUCCUUUCUUCAUGAACAUUACCUUCAUCUCUCGAGGGCAGAUUUGUGCUCAUUGCCAGCUGCAUAUUGUAAAUAAUCUCUUGAGAUUCCUCCUGACUAAAUAAAAUGACUCUACAUUCAUCUU